AUGAAAGACGCGUUGUUGCCGCGUAGCAAUUCCGCGGAUAGCGAGACGAUCGCCAUUGUAGCACAGGACGUCAGCUCCGAGUCCCGGUCUAACAACACGUUGAGACCUUCGGCGUCCGACAUCCCCACGACCUAUCAGCCCCUCGACUGGAGCUCGGACGACGGUGCUCGGGUGGACGGCAGUGCACGGCGCAUUGCCAUCAACUUAGCCAGCGACAAUAAUGCCCCUACCACCGCAGACUCCGAAUCAACUCCACCUCUCCUUGGAAGCACUGGGGGCGGCAACAGCUUCCGCAGCAAUUCCGGAGCGAACCAGGACGCAACUUCAUCAGGGAAAUCAACGGAGACGCCGUCCACUCCACCAGCCAACACAACGGUGCACCCCCUCACGUUGUACGGCAAGGACAUCCUCCACAUCUUCCCAUUCGGCGCUACCGAUUCUGCCGCAGACGCUGUCAAAUGGUCGGACACCCUCGGGGCAGUGGACGCUGAAGACGAUUUUUCCAUCCGAGACCCGCACUUCGACCUUACCAACACGAAAAUCACCAAACUCUUCUCACUCUCCAAGCCAAACGAUCAGGGAAAGCUGUCGUACGAGGGGUUCCGCUGUGGCUUGGAGGCUAUGGGCAUCGCUUGUGACAGUGACAGACAGUUCCAAGCUUUCGUGGACGUGGUGGACGAAGACAAGAGCGGCGACAUCUCGUACGACGAGUUCGUGUGCGCCAUCCAGGAGAUCAAGCUCGCUCAGCUCUUCAACGAUUCGUUCUUGCACUCGAUGCCAGCUCUGUAUGACAGCCUGAAGUCUCCGGUAAAACUCGGCUCGAUUGAGUAUUCCCCAGACCGGAUUCGCAGCGUGUAUCCCAUCAACGAGGUGAAGAGCUUCAUCUACUCGACCAAACCGAACUGGGCGUCAGUCCGCUGGAUCAAUGUCGAAGGGGUCAACACGCUCCUCAUGCGUCGUCUCUCCGUCCGCUAUCGACUGCACCCACUGGCAAUUGAAGACACGUUGGGCUCCGCCUUCAAGCGGCCGAAGUACGUCAAGUACGACGAGCACUCGUUCCUCAUCCUCCAGAUCCUGCACCCUCGCCACAAGUCCGUGGUCAAGACGUACCAGAACAUGUACCGCGCCUCGCAGUUCGUGCUGCCCGAAGACGACUCGCCCUUCGACAAUAUGAGUCAAUCCGAGCUCGAAACAAGACUCAAGGAGCUGGAUACCGGCCACGUGAUGACUCUGCCGGAGCAGCUCAGUCUGUACGUCAUGGAGGGGGUCCUCAUCAGCGUCCAGGGAUCGGGGGAUACGCUGUGGCCGGCGUUGAAGCAGCGGCUGCAUGCGUCGUACUCGAAAGUCCGCCAGCACAGCACCGCGUUCCUCGUGUACACCAUCAUGGACGUCUGUGUGCACGAGUUGUCGCCCAUCUCGCAGACUUUCGGCGCCAAGUUGAUCAUGCUUGAGCGGUUGAUGUCCCUGGAUCAGCGGUACUUCGACUCUACUCGCAUCGCCGCCUGCUCCAAGCAGAUCAAGGGGCUUCAGACGCACUGCAAGCCGCUGCGCGAGGUCAUCUCCAAGCUCAUCGCGUCGAACGACUACCAAGGCGAGACGCUGCAGUACUUCACCGACGUGCAGGAGGACCUCGCGUCCACUGAAGAGGAGUGCGAGCACAACCUGGAUCGCUGCAAGAGCCUCGUGGACGACUUCAACAACGCCCGAUCCGCGCAGCAGAACGACGUGAGCUACAUUUUGGCGCUCAUUGCAGCGAUCUUCUUGCCUGCGCAGUUCCUCACGGGCGUGUACGGCAUGAACUUCCCGUACAUCCCCGAGACGACGUAUCAUUACGGAUACUUCAUCUGGUGGGCGGUCAUGAUCGUGGUUGCGGGGCUCAUUGUGUUGUUUUUCAAGUACAAAAGGUGGUUGUAAGCAAAAACACAACACGAAUGCUGGGACUGUAGCAUGUUUUACAGUUGGAACGUGACGCAUCCCAG